AGUGACCAGUACCAACAUUCCAUGACAGAAAUUUGAUUGGCAAAUAGAAUCUUGUUAACAAAGUCAAUAAUUGAAUGCAGAGGCAGUAUAGUACCAUAGGAUUGUGUUUUCAUAAGAUCUUUGAUUACUCCAGUACAGAUCAGUACAGAUCACUAUUGGCAGUUUUACAGUUUUUUGUAAUACACACUUGUUCCUAAAUUGACUUCAGGUUGUGACUUUGAUUUUCAGGCAUUUGAUGAUAUGGAUCGUAAAAUCUUUUCCACAGCCUUUUUUUUCAAGCUGUAUGAGAGAGAGUGAUAAUGCAUAUAUCAAACGCAUCUCUCCUGCAGUGAAGUAAAUUUCGUGUUUGAUGUGCUAUUAUGAUUUACCACAUCAAAAGUUUUCAUAUACAAAAGAAUUGGAAUAUAAUCAUUACUUUUUGUAAUAUUUCAAAACAUCUUGCUGCUACUAAAAUCAGCUGUGAAUGAAAAGUAUAGAAAUGGAAUAUUUUCAUUGACAAUACCGUUUGAGUUUACCACAAACAAGAUUAAGCGUGAUGAUGCAGGAAAAAACAAAUUAGAUGUGAAAACGUGUGACUUGGCAAUCACCCACCUGAACAGAUGUACUGGAAGCUGGAAAAAGUCCUGCAAUGAACAAUAAGUCUGAAACAAAGUCACUAAUUAAAGUUGAAAUGAAGUUAAAAGGCAGUAAAGAAAAGACAGAGAACAACAGUAUGGCAAUCCUAUAAUAAAAGAGGCGGACAAAUAAAAUGAAGAUGUUGUCUAAGAAACCUUAUGAUUUGGUGUCUGAGGAUGGUUACGACACCAGAAUUCCGUUACACAACGACGAAGCUUUCCAACAUGGAAUUCAUUUCCAGGCCAAGUUUAUUGGUACUUUAGAUAUACCCAGACCUAGCAGUAGGGUGGAAAUAGUUGCUGCCAUGAGAAGAAUAAGAUAUGAAUACAAAUCUAAAGGUAUAAAGAAGAAGAAAGUAUGUCUGACUAUUUCUGUGGAGGGAAUUAAAGUGCUACUGUGCAAGAAAAGACCAAAAAGUUUAGAUGGUCAAACAGCGGAAGAAAGACUAAUGUUGAUGCAACAUCCUAUCUUUAGAAUAUUUUAUGUUUCUCACGACUCACAAGACCUGAAGAUUUGGAGUUAUAUAGCUAGGGAUGGACCUUCUAAUGUGUUUAAAUGCCAUGUGUUCAAAUCUUUUAAAAAGAGCCAAGCUAUGCGAAUUGUACGAACCAUUGGACAAGCUUUUGAAGUAUGCCAUAAGAUAAGUUUUCAGUCUGCCCAAGCUGAUGAUCAGCAGGCCAGUUUUCCUGAUGGUUGUGACAAUGAAACUUUGAGGAGUAUGAAAGAAGGGAAGGAUAAAAAUAAUCAACACAACAAUUCCAUACCAAUGUCUACACCUGAGAAAGCUCUGAAACAAGCUCAAGAUCUACUGUAUGCCAUGGCAGCCAAAACUCCAGGAAAAGAUCCACCUCAUUAUGUAGAGGAACCAGAAUCACAGAUUCCACUGACUACACAUCACCAUAUACAACUACUGAGAGCACAGCUAGAGAUGCAACAACACCAAACACAACUAGCUAUUGCACAGGUCCAUUUGUUAAAAGAUCAACUUGCAGCAGAGUCAGCUGCUAGAAUCGAAGCCCAGGCACGUUCUCAUCAACUUUUGGUACACAACCGUGAUUUGUUAGAACACAUGGCACAGUUAGUUACAAGAAUACAAGAGUUAGAGGUCAAGGUAAAUGGAGUCUCUACAUCAACUGAGAACUUGCUGCCGCCUUUUUCACAGCUGCAGGUGUCAUGGUUUCCCACGACUCCUCAGUCUGGGGCUGUUUAUACUCCUGAUUGCCAGGAUUUUGAAUUUGACAAUUCUUUCGUAACGAAUUCUCCAGUUAUUUACUCAAAAAACAAAGUUGAGGACACAGACUCACCAGACAGUGGCCAUAAGGAAAUGUCAUCGGAGAAUUUAUCUCUACAUACACAACAAGGCAUUGAUCCUAUGUACUGGCCUGGUAUUUUGAGAGGACAAAUUUCUGUCAGCUCCCCAGAAGCCAUGUUAACACAGAAUCAUUUUGCUGGAAUAGCAUCCAUUACAGGCAAUCCAUUUGCUAAUGGUUUUGAAGACAGUUUUAAUCAAAACACAAUUUUACGAUGUUCUUAUGAAGAAAGAAUGAAAAUCAUAACACCGCUUCCUCCACAGGAUGCAAGUGGUAAUAAACUAGAGUUAAAACUCAAUAAAACACCCAAGAUAGACCCACCCCCAGAAUUUCGUAAUUCAAGAUCAUUUCGUGACUCACAAAUUUCUGCCCAGAGUACAGAUAGUGCUUCUUCUCAAGAUACAUGUCUACUUAUGAAAUCAGACAGCGAUUAUUAUUCAAAUACAACUGGAAGUGGACAUUCACAUGUAAACAAUAAUGACAAUCAUGUUGUCAUGUUACAUAAUAUCAAUGAAAACAUGGCUACAAAGUCAUCAACAGCACAGGAACUUUUUCCGGAAGCAAGGUUUUCAAACAUGAGUGACGAUGCAAUUAUCAAUGGACCCCAGAUAUCAGAAACUGUGCCAUCGGAACCAUAUGGAAGUCAAACAUCAAAUGUAUAUCAAAAUUCUAUGUGUGAAACCAGACAAAUGUCAGAUACUCAGUUUCUGGACAAAUAUAAACAAACAAGUUCGACACUUGAUUCCAUACAAAAGUUAGAACUUCAGUUAAACCGCAUGAAUCUGGACCAGAAGUCAGCAUCUGAUUAUUGUUUAAGGACUUUGAACAAUGGAUCAAAAGAGAAUGGUGUCACAAAAGAUGGUUCCUUUCGUGUGAAAACUAUUCCUCCCCCACCUCCACCUAGACGGACAGAAAGUCUCACUUCCGAUAAUGGAAGCUAGUGUUUAUAUAUGUGUUGUCUCUUUGUCUAAGAUAUGUACUGAAAAAAUGAUUAUGUUAAGAAAGAAAACUUAUUUGUUAUAUUGUAAUGUGCUUUUAAUGGAUUUUUCUUUUUUGUGUAUUUAUAAUUAUUCAUCUAUUAAGAAGAUACAUAUAGGUAUGUGAUAUAUAAUGAAAAUAUCCAUCUCUUAAAAAAUGGUUAAAAAAGUUUGCAUCAAUGUUUUAUUACAGAAGGUUUCAAUCAAGAAUAUUAUGUGGGUAAAGGAAGAUAACUCUGACAUUUUCUCCUGUCCAGUACUACAGUAAACCUUUAAAAAACACAAGAAUGCAUUGCAUAUAUGAAAAUAUCCAUCAAUGGAAUUAGACCAAGCAAUUUUUCAUUCUUUGUCUCUGUUUACAAGCUUUAUUAAUUUCCGGAAGGUCAGAAUUAAGGUAAGAGUUAUAAGAUGCUUGUGGUAUAUCAACAUUUAACCCUAUUUUUCACUAAAACUAGGAGUUAUUUUCUAUGGUGUUUACAAGACUUGGGUGUUAUUUUAAUACCUAGAGGUAUUAAACAUUUAUUAGGUAAAAAAAUCAAAAUAUUUCCUUUUUACCAAAUAUUGUCACCAUAUUAGAUGCAAAGAAUAUUUUAUGUAUCAUAUUUGAUCACAUAUAAUUGCUGUCAUUACAUAUAUAUACUUGAUUUUAUUAUCAGUUCACCACUUCAGUGCAAUAAUCUAUUAAGUUUGUUUUUUUUUAUUUUGACUUACAUGAUGUGAGGUAGCAAUUGUUGUUUAGUGCCAAACUAUCAUUCAUAUUUUUCUUUCGAUAUAAUGUUCCUGAUUGCACAUUGAUGUACUUUGAAUCUCAUGAAAAUCAAAAUGGCAUUUGUAUGUACUUCAAUUUAAUUUGUAUUUUACCAUGUUAACAGAAAUACUCAGUGCUUUUUUGUGUGUUUUUUAAGUCCCAGUUUAUAUGUCAUUACGACUGAAUAUCAGCCAGAUGUGUUCACAUUCAUAUUAUUUUUUCAACAACUAUUUUUAUAACUUUUUUAUUUGCAUACGCUUCAUUUACCAAAAAUUAAUUAUUACAUAUAGCUUUAACAUGAAUUUAAAAUACAUGCUUCCACUAAUAUGAUAUUUUAUAUUAAGUCAGGCAGAGUAGAAUUUACACACUUUGCACCAGUUAUUUCCCUUUGCAAACAAAAGACUGGCUAUUAACUUCUUACCUGACAAAAUGGGCUACUGCUCAUGCAAUGCAUGCUAAGUUGAACAUGAUGUAUACUAUUUUUUACUGGGAAAUAUGGUAACUUUUG